AUGCUUAGUUUUUUGAAGUACUCUCCUUCAAUAUUUACUCCGAGUUUGGAUUUACUUGAACUUAUGAGGAACAGUAAUCGCAGCAUUGUGGUAUGUGCUGCUAAAGGUCCUCGACCGAGAUAUCCUCGGGUGUGGAAAACCAAUAGGAGAAUAGGAACCAUUUCCAAGUCAGUAAAGCUUGUUGAGUGUAUAAAAGAAUUAUCAAAUGUCAAAGAGGAAGUAUAUGGGGCUCUUGAUUCUUUUAUUGCAUGGGAUUUAGAGUUCCCUUUAAUUACAGUGAAGAAAGCUUUGAAGACCCUUGAAGAUGAGAAGGAAUGGAAAAGGAUAAUUCAGGUGACAAAGUGGAUGUUAAGCAAAGGUCAAGGAAGAACAAUGGGAAGCUACUACACAUUGCUAAAUGCCUUAGCAGAGGAUGGAAGGCUUGAUGAAGCUGAAGAGCUUUGGAUGAAGUUAUUUUCCGAGAAUCUGGAAAGCAUGCCUCGUACUUUCUAUGAUAAGAUGAUUUCUAUAUACUACCAUAGGGGAAUGCAUGAAAAGAUGUUCGAGAUAUUUGCUGACAUGGACGAGCUUGGCAUCCGACCAACUAUGUCGAUUGUUACAAUGGUUGGAGAUGUAUUUCAAAAGUUGGGUAUGUUGGACAAAUACGAAAAAUUGAAGAAGAAAUAUCCACCGCCAAAAUGGGAGUACCGUUACAUUAAAGGAAAGCGCAUUAAAAUUAGAUCAAAGUAUCUCAAUGAGUCUAGGAAGGGGGUGAAUAAGUUUGAUGAUGAAGCUGGCAAGAAGUCGUGUGAAUUGUUAGAGAAUGCUCAAGUUCAUUCAGAUGACAUCAAUGAUGUUGAUGAGUACAAAGUUGUUGAAGUAUGUUCAGCUGAAGUUAGUGAAGCUACUGAAGCUUCUUUAGUAUCCUAA